UGGAAUGUUUUGACAUCGCGCCUAAUUAGAAUCCCGGCAAAACAAACCGAUAAAAGAUUAAAUGAACGCUCGAAAUCGCAUCGGCUUAGUUAGAACCAGUCUCUCUAUUGCAUUGUCUUGCAGAAGUUCGAUCAGGAUACACCGGAACCUUACGGUGUCGUGGCAGAACCACGCUAAAAAAGCAGUAUAUACAACGUUCUCUAAUACGAUGAAGUUUAUUGAUAUAGGAGCUAAUUUGACCGAUCCCAUGUACCAAGGGAUCUACAAUGGUUCCGCGAAGCACGAACCUGACCUACCUCACGUCCUUCAGAGAGGCUGGAACGGUGGAUUAGAUAAAAUAAUCAUCACGGUCGGGACGGUUUUCGACUGCGCCCCAACGUUUGACAUUUUAGGGACCGACGAAAGACUCUACGCCACGGUAGGCUGUCAUCCAACAAGGUGCGGAGAGUUCGAGCCGGAUCCGGACGGCUACUUUACAUCGCUUUGUCUUCAAAUCGAGGAGCACCGUGAUAAGGUCGUAGCGAUCGGGGAGUGCGGCUUGGAUUACGAUCGGUUGCAUUUUUGUGAGAAGGACAUCCAGCGGAAGUACUUCGAAAAGCAGCUCGAAUUAGCAGCAAAGUACGACCUACCGCUGUUCCUGCACUGCCGCAAUGCGCAUGAAGAUUUCUCCGACAUCUUGCGGCGGAAUUUGGAUAAGCUACCGAAGCGAGGAGUGGUGCACACCUUUGAUGGCACUCUUGAAGCGGCUGAGGCGCUGAUUGCCGACGGAUUCUACAUAGGCAUCAACGGUUGUUCGUUGAAAACGGAGGAAAACCUCAGCGUGGUCGCGAAGAUCCCUGACGAGUGGAUUAUGCUGGAAACGGACAGUCCCUGGUGCGAAAUAAGGCCAUCCCAUGCCGGGGCGAAGCAUGUCAAAAGUAAAUACCCCACCGUGAAAAAGAAGGAAAAAUGGGAACCUAGCUCACUCAUAGCGGGACGCUGCGAGCCUGUUAUGAUAAGUCAAGUGCUGGAAGUAUUAUCUGGCAUAAAAGGAAAACCCAUUGAUCAACUCGCCGAUCAAUACUACAAAAACACUCUGAAGAUGUUCUUUCCAAAAGAGCAAUCAUAAAAAAAACAGUGCCCAAAAGGUUUGCAUUAAGUAAA